AUGUCGACGAUCUUCUACGGGGCACUCAUCUCGCCCAUUUCACUCACCACGUACGAUGCACUCCCCCGCGCCCUGCUCGCAGUCUCUCGCGCGACCGGCGACAUCGACUGGGUCGAGCGCGACGUGCCCCCCGAAGCCCUCCAGCAUGUGCUCGCCCGCCACGGCCUGCUCGCGGACGACGUCGAGCUCGUAGAACUGAAGCACGGCGAGUUCCUGAUGCCGGGCUUCAUUGACACGCACAUCCACGCUCCUCAAGUCCCAAACAUCGGCAGUGGCCAGCAGCACGAGCUCCUGGACUGGCUGGCCGAAGUGACCUUCCCGAUGGAGGCUCGCUUCGCGGACGUCGACUUCGCGCGGCGGACGUACACCUCCGUCGUCAAGCGCACCCUCGACUACGGCUCCACGACCUGCUGCUACUACGGCACUCUCCACCUCGAAGGCACAAAGGUCCUCGCCGAUGUCGUCCACGGCUACGGCCAGCGCGCGUUCGUCGGGAAAUGCAACAUGGACCGCAACGCGCCCGACUACUACGUCGAGCCCUCGCCCGCGGCGUCGCUCGCCGCCACCGCCGCGCUCGUCGCGCACAUCCGCGCGCUCCCGCCGCACCCCGCCGCCGGCGACGCGCUCGUGCGCCCGAUCCUCACCCCGCGCUUCGCGCUCUCGUGCACCGGCGAGCUCCUCGCCGGCCUCGGCGCGCUCGCCGCCGCGGACCCGGGCCUCGCCAUCCAGACGCACAUCUCCGAGAACGCGGCGGAGAUCGCGUUCACGAAGGCGCUCUUCCCGCGCGGGAGCCUCCCCGGGGCGGCGGCGAACGUGACUGCGGGCGACGACGUGGACGGGGAGGAGGAGACGACGUACGCGGGCGUGUACGACGCGUACGGGCUCCUCCGGCACAACACCGUGCUCGCGCACGCGGUGCACCUCGACGCGCGCGAGGUCGCGCUCAUCCACGCCCGCGGCGCGGGCGUCGCCCACUGCCCGACGAGCAACUUCAACCUCCGCUCCGGCUGCGCGCGCGUCGGCAUGCUCCUCGACGCCGGCGUCAAGGUCGGACUGGGGACGGACGUCUCGGGCGGCUUCUCGCCCUCGAUGCUCGCCGCCGUCCAGCACGCGAGCAUGUGCGCCAAGGUCGUCGCGCUCACCGCCCCCGCGCCGCCGCCCGCGCACACGACGUUCACGGACCGGCAGCUGCCCGUGCCCGCGCUGCUCCACCUCGCGACGCUCGGCGGCGCCGCGGUGUGCGCGCUCGCGCACCGCGUCGGCUCGCUCGCGCCGGGCAAGGCGUUCGACGCGCUCGUCGUCGGCGUCCGCACCGACGCGGGGAACCCGGCCGUGUGGGGCGUCGACCUCGACCGCGCGCUCGGGCUGCGCGCGAGCGGCGGCGAGCCCGGCGACGAGGGCGGGCGCGGCAAGUCGGACGUGGAGGAGCUGGAGGGCAUGCUCGAGCGCUUUUUGUUCUGCGGGGACGACCGGAACGUGCGGAGGGUGUACGUGCAGGGGCGGCUCGUCGGGGGCAAGGAGCACGCUGCGGCGUAG